CAGGGUCCCCACUGCCACACUUCCUCUGGACUUUAUCCUGAACAGGUUCGGGUCGCGGAGAUUUCAACGCAGAAUCAUGGAUGUGAAGCUACUGGCCGUCGUGGCUGCACUGACAGUGGUGAUAUACUCGCCUCCAUCUGAAGCAAAGCCCAUCAGCCUGGUUGAACGAUGCUAUUGCCGUGCAACAAUUAACACCAUCCCGAAAGGUUUGAUCCGAGAGCUCAGAUUCCUCCACACUCCUAACUGUCCCUUCCAAGUGAUUGCCAAGCUGAAGUCAAACAAGGAGGUGUGUUUGAACCCAGAGAUGCGGUGGCUGAAGAAUUAUCUGAAGAACGCCAUCCACAAGAUGAAGAAAUCCAAGGAGGCCAACUAACAUCUCUGCAAGAGAUCCUCCUGAGUCACUGCUGAGGAUUUUGGCCUUCGUCACAUAUAUAAACAUAAAUCGAAAGAUCUUCUGGUAUGUCAUACAGCACUUAUGUUAGCUGCUCUGCUGCAGCCUUUUUGCAUGGAUUGAAUCUCCAACUCUUCAUCAUGAGCAGCAGUUCCUGGAAUUAUCUUCUUCAUCACCACUUUUAACAAAUAUAUUUAGUGCAAAGUGCCAGUAUAUCUGAGUGUAUGUUUUGCUAAAUACAUUGUAUAUACUUUUUUGAUUUUCCAUUUAACAGUAAAGAGAUAUUUUUUAAGAUUCAGUUGUCCCUCUGGCCGUGUCUGUCAUUACAGGAAAAAAAAGGGCAACCAGGAAAUACAGCCAAUUGUAAACAUGCUUAUCCUGAUGGUUUGUGACGAAUGAGCGGUUCCUUAUCCAAAAAAAAAAAAAAAAAA